GAAGCGAAGCGGCAGAUUUACAGAAAUAGAAACUUCUGCUUUCGUCGGCUGUGGCUGCUGGAGGUACUGAGGUCUCUGAAGUACUUGUACUGUACUCGAGUAUUUCAUUACUUCAUUACGUCAUGACUUUAUCCCACCUGAUGAGAAGGUGUUGGAGGUGUUUAAAGGGUCACUCCACUAAUUCUACGUGUUGAACUGUGAGGCUGAGGGCGUCUGAGGGAUUUGAGUCACUGAUUGAUUGUUGUACCGAUCAAACAAUUAACAGAUUAAUGGAGCAGAUUAGUGACAGAUGAACUGGUGAUGAAGAUAAUCAAUUACUGCACUGACUUAUCACUUAGACACCGCGUCUUUAUUGAUCUUGUAUUGAUUAUCUGACCGUCCAAACUAAAAUAAGACGAAUGAUUUUGUAAAGACGAGUUUGUUUUAAGACGGAUUUUCUGUGAGGUGGAGGUGAGCAGACUGACGCACACCUGGACAGCUGUGAUUGGACCGUGAUCCACUUUUGGCCCCUUCGCGCGCUCGUGCGCACCUGCAUAGGGCGUUCCUAGCAGGCUCGGCACGGCACGGCACGGCACGGCACGGCGCGUCAGUGCGCGUCAGUGCGCGGCGCAGCGGGCUGCAGCGACCUGUCUCUUUAAGUUGGUGUCAAAGCCGAUUACCGCUGAUCUCCGUCGUGAUUCUGUUUUCACCGUCUGUUCUCUCGGUCUAUUUUUGUUGUGCGCCGCUGACGGGAUGAGACGCGCUCUCGAUUUUUAAACGUGGGGGGGAAGAAAGAAAACGCGGGUCGGUGCGUCGUCGCCAAAGUUUGGAGCAUGGAGACUCUGCUCGGUCGGACCAGCCCGUGUUGAAGCCCCGGUCCCCGGCGCGGUGUGGUCGGUGCGGGUGAUGCGCGCUGCGCCGCGGACGCUCCAACUUGGUCCGACCAUGGUAAGCCCGGAUUACUCCUCCUGCACACGGUGACCGCGCUCCCCCUCUGCUGCGCUCCCGCUAAAAAUAACGGCAGUGACAGACGGUGAUGUGAUGUGACGCCCCGGGCUGCGGGUUCAACUUGGCACCGACAUUAAAAAAAACAAAAAAAACAAAAGAGAAUCCGGGUGAACGGAAGAUGCAGAAGGGCGUGCGGUACAACGAGGGCCACGCGCUGUACCUGUCGGUGGUGGCGCGUAAAGAGGGCGCCAAGCGCGGCUUUCUGAGCAAGAAGACCACGGAGAACAGCCGCUGGACCGAGAAGUACUUCGCGCUCUACCAGAACGUGCUCUUCUACUUCGAGAACGACCAGAGCACGAGGCCCUCCGGGAUCUACCUGCUGGAGGGAUGCACGUGCGAGCGGGCACCGGCGCCCAAGGUGUCCGCCAUCAGCAAGGAGCCCAUGGAGAAACAGCAGCACUACUUCCUGGUCAUUUUUGGCCACGAUGGACAGAAACCUCUGGAGCUGCGGACGGAGGAGGAGACGGACUGCAACGAGUGGGUGGAGUUCAUCCAGCAGGCCAGCUACUCUGACAUCAUCAUCGAGCGUGAGAUCCUGAUGCAGAAGUACAUCCACCUGGUCCAGAUCAUGGAGACCGAGAAGGUCGCGGCCAAUCAGCUCCGCACUCAGCUGGAGGACCAGGACACCGAGAUCGAGAGGCUCAAAGCCGAGAUUGUAGUGUUGAACAAAACCAAGGAGAGGAUGCAGCCGAGCCAGAGCAACCAGGAGGAGGAGGACCCGGACAUUAAGAAGAUCAAGAAGGUGCAGAGCUUCAUGCGUGGCUGGCUCUGCCGCAGGAAGUGGAAGAUCAUCGUCCAGGACUACAUCUGCUCCCCUCACGCUGAGAGCAUGAGGAAGAGGAACCAGAUCGUCUUCAACAUGGUGGAGGCGGAGACGGAGUACGUCCACCAGCUCUCCAUCCUGGUGAACUGCUUCCUGCGGCCGCUCCGCAUGGCCGCCAGCUCCAAGAAGCCUCCCAUCAGCCACGAUGACGUCAGCAGCAUAUUCCUCAACAGUGAGACCAUCAUGUUCCUGCACGAGAUCUUCCAUCAAGGUCUUAAAGCUCGGAUCGCGAACUGGCCCACGCUGGUUCUGGCCGACCUGUUCGACAUCCUGCUGCCGAUGCUGAACAUCUACCAGGAGUUUGUGAGGAACCAUCAGUACAGCCUGCAGGUUCUGGCCAACUGCAAACAGAACCGAGACUUCGACAAGCUGCUCAAACAGUACGAGUCCAACGCUGCCUGCGAGGGCCGCAUGCUGGAGACGUUCCUCACCUACCCCAUGUUCCAGAUUCCUCGAUACAUCAUCACCCUUCACGAGCUGCUGGCACACACGCCUCACGAGCACGUGGAGCGAAAGAGUCUGGAAUUCGCCAAAUCCAAACUGGAGGAGCUGUCGAAGAUGAUGCACGAUGAAGUGAGCGACACCGAGAACAUCAGGAAGAAUCUGGCCAUCGAGCGGAUGAUCGUGGAGGGCUGCGACAUCCUGUUAGACACGAGCCAGACCUUCGUCAGACAAGGCUCGCUGAUCCAGCUGCCGUCCAGCAGCGAGCGGGGCAUGCUCAGUAAGGUCCGGCUGGGCUCGCUCUCGCUGAGGAAGGAAGGAGAGCGCCAGUGUUUCCUGUUCACCAAACACUUCCUCAUCUGCACGCGAACAUCUGGAGGGAAGCUUCACCUGCUCAAGCAAGGAGGAACGCUGUCUCUGAUAGAGUGCACUCUGAUUGAAGAGCUGGACGCCAGCGAUGAGGACUACAACGCAGCAGGUCAAGGCUUCAACCAUCUGGAGUUUAAAAUCGUGGUGGAGCCUCCCGACGGUCAGUCGUUCUCCGUCGUCCUGCUGGCUCCGUCUCGCCAGGAGAAGGCGGCGUGGACGAGCGACAUCAGCCAGUGCAUCGAUAACAUCCGGUGUAACGGCCUGAUGACCAGCGUGUUCGAGGAGAACUCCAAAGUUUCUGUUCCGCACAUGAUAAAGUCCGACGCCCGGCUGCACAAAGACGACGUCGACAUCUGCUUCAGCAAGACGCUCAACUCCUGCAAGGUCCCGCAGAUCCGCUACGCCAGCGUGGAGCGGCUGCUGGAGCGCCUGACGGACCUGCGGUUCCUCUCCAUCGACUUCCUCAACACCUUCCUCCACACGUACCGGAUCUUCACCACCGCCGCCGUCGUCAUCGACAAGCUGGCCGACAUCUACAAGAAGCCGUUCACCUCCAUCCCCGUCAGGAUCGAGCAACAUUCAUGUGACCGUCUGUCCAUCAUGUCCCUCUGUCCUGACUACAGUCUGAAGAUCACACAGCUCGCACUGGACCAGUCCAAGUCUCUGGAGCUCUUCUUCGCCACCAACCAGGGCUCGUGGGCGACCGACCCGCUGAACAACAAAUCCCCGAGGCUGUGCCGCAAGUUCUCCUCUCCUCCUCCUCUCUCCAUCCCCCCUCGCACCUCCUCCCCCGUCCACAGUCGUAAGCUGUCCCUCAGCUCCCCGGUCAGCGGGAAAGUGGGAGCCCUGGACCUGUCCGCCACCCCCUCCUCCUCCGCGGCCAACUCCCCCACCUCCAGCUACUGCCCCUCCAUCUCCUCGCCUCCUCCCGGCUCAACCAGGCCUCCCUCCGGCUUCUCCUCGCCUCCGCCCACCGCCACGCGCUCCCCAAGCCUCCCCCAGGCCUCUGGGAUGUCCUCGCCGCCCCCCAUCUGCACCAAGGCCCCUCUGGACCUGAGCCGCGGUCCCAGCUCCCCAGAGCUGAGCCCAGCUGCAGGGGAGGAUGUCAGCGGAGAGCUGCCUCGCCUCGACGCCUUCUGUGGGAAGCUGAGGCGCAGCAUCCGCAGGGCCGUCCUGGAGUCAGUUUCCCUGGACAAGUUCAUCCCUGAAGCACCGGCCAGCAGCGAGCCGGGCGACUUGUCUCCCUGCCGCUCGCCGUCGACGCCGAGGCAUCUCCGCUACAGACAGACAGGAGUCACAUCAGGGGAGAACUCUCGCUGCACGAUGUCGCCAGCGUCCGCGUUCGCCAUCGCCACCGCCGCCGCCGGACACAGCAGCUCCCAGGGGUUUAGUAACUCUGAGAAAACCUGCGACAAAGAGUUCAUCAUCCGGAGAGCUGCGACCAACAGAGUCCUGAACGUGCUGCGACACUGGGUCUCCAAACACUCCCAGGACUUCGACAUGAACGGCGAGCUGAAGAUGGGCGUGAUCGGACUCCUGGAGGAAGUUCUGCGGGAUCCGGACCUGCUGCCACAGGAGAGGAAAGCAACUUCCAACAUAUUAAGUGCACUUUCUCAAGAAGAACAAGACGACGCUCAGCUGAGGAUCGAGGACAUUUUACAGAUGAAGAGCUGCCCGCUGCUUCACUUCAUCGUGGCGGAGAGUCCGAAGGCCGAGUGUUUCGAGUCUCUGUCGGCGAUGGAGCUGGCCGAACAGAUCACGCUGCUGGACCACAUCGUGUUCAGGAGCAUUCCCUACGAGGAGUUCCUCGGUCAGGGCUGGAUGAAGGUGGACAAGUCGGAGAGGACGCCGUACAUCAUGAAGACCAGCCAGCACUUCAACGACAUGAGUAACCUGGUGGCGUCUCAGAUAAUGACCCACACCGACGUGGGCUCCAGAGCCAGCUCCAUAGAAAAGUGGCUGGCAGUGGCCGACAUCUGUCGCUGCCUCAACAACUACAACGGCGUGCUGGAGAUCACCUCCGCCCUGAACCGCAGCGCCAUCUACAGGCUGAAGAAGACGUGGGCCAAAGUCUGCAAACAGACGAAGGCGCUGAUGGACCGGCUGCAGAAGACGGUGUCAUCAGAGGGGAGGUUCAAGAACCUCAGAGAGACGCUGAAAAACUGCAACCCUCCGUGUGUCCCGUACCUCGGCAUGUACCUCACCGACCUGGCUUUCAUCGAGGAGGGAACGCCCAACUUCACGGAGGAGGGCCUCGUCAACUUCUCCAAGAUGAGGAUGAUUUCUCACAUCAUCCGGGAGAUUCGCCAGUUCCAGCAAGCACCUUACAGGAUAGAGCACCAACCCAAGGUGACUCAGUUCCUCCUGGAUAAGACCCUGGUGAUGGAUGAAGACACCCUCUACGAGCUCUCGUUAAAGAUCGAACCUCGAGUACCUCCUGGCUGAUUCACUGCACAACUUUAAACUCAAAACACGCGUUCACACAUUCGCCGUCUUACAGUACCAGUCAUGAAUUAACACAACGCCGCCGGUAUUUGUGCUUAGGAAACUCAGGAGACAACGUGCCUUGAAUGAACAUCUGAUGUGUGUGUGUGUGUGUGUGUGUGUGUGUGUUUAGUGACCAGAAUGAAGUGUAUAACCAACACGACUCUGCCAUACGAUUGAACAGUAAUGACUGUAGAAAACAACCAUGUUAGCUACUGAACAUGGCACUGGGAAAGUUACCUGCUGCUGCUAUCACACUGUAAAUACCAAUCGAUCUGCCUCUGUAGUCUUUCACGUGAAAAUCUCCAGUUUUACAUUAUUUGUACGAUCAUUAACUUGCACCAGUUUUCUUUUGGUGGCUGUGGAGCAGCGGGACAAAACGGGUUUGUUCUCCCUAACAUGUGCAUCGGUACUGGCCCAAAAAACAUCCAGUGUGGUUCUGAUAAACAGGCUGUACGUCACCUGAUCAGCACAACAUGACGGAGAUAAAACAGAACAACAGGAGAGUAGCUGGUGAUCAUAACAUUUAGCACGAGGAAGAAGAAUUGGUGGGGGAGACCAAACACGGAGCUAAAAGAGACUCAAAGUCGGUCGCUUCCUUUGAAUCUGACGAUGUUUAAACUCGCAAAUGUACACAAUGAAAAUCUGAGAUGGUAAAUAAAUCAGUUUGGUGUUUACAGCUUGUUCUCAGUCACCAAAAAAAUCUAUAAUCUAUUAUUUAACGGCUCUCACUCAAAAGUGAAAAAAAUAAUAUUUUCAAGCUGCUUCUUUUGUAAUUGAUCGUGUGAGACGUUUGAGGGUCUUUAAACCAGAUUUUCAAUUAAAGACGUCUGUGACACACAAUCACAGGGGAAGUGAAAUAUAUCACAGUCGAUACUUCAUGUUUCUGCAUGUUAGAGCAAAAUAAAACAACGUUGUGAGUUUACACACAUUCCUAAUCUGAAGCUGUAUUCAUGGUUAAAAUCUGAAUUAUUAUUUUCUUCCAUCGUUUGCUUGACAAUCAAAAAGAGUUUUCAUUACAAAUCGCGUGUUUUCAGUUUUGUAAUAUUCGUUUUAUAUAUAAUUUAAAUCUGAUUUCUGCUCUUUUUAAACAGAUUUGGCCUGAAAAGUUUCUCAAAUGGUACAAACCCCUACAGAUACAUUUAAUUUACAUAUUAUUAUUAUUAUUAUUAUUAUUAUUAUUAUUAUUAUUAUUAGUUCCUCGUCAAUGUGAUUAUUUUAUCAUGGUUAUAUUUUAAACCUUGUUGACUGUAUUAGAAUAAUAGUAAUAUAUAUAUUUGCACUAUUGAUUUGUAAAGAAUGUCAAUAGACUCUAAACUUCUUAGCAUGAAUUCAGCAUGACGUCCGUCAGAUUAUUGUUUCCCUUGUGAGUUUUUAUUAGCUUCACUUUCUUUUGGCACAUUCCUGACGUCAGGACUCGCGUCAGUGCGUUUAGUAUAUAAAAACCCUCGCUUUCUUACAUUCCUGUAUUCUCUGAAAUUCCGAGUUUUGCUGUUGUAUUUUUCCAUGAAUUUCUCUGUGUAAUGUACAGAUAUUUACACACAAUAAAAGCAAAAAAUGUGACUUAUAAUGUA